UAGUAUAUAAGUAGAUCCGUAUCUCGUUAGAUCAUCAUUCGCCUGUUUUCACCAUAAACCAGUUGCACCAUGUUCAAGUUCGUGGCCCUCGCCGCCAUUGUGGCAGUAGCGUACGGUGAUUACCUGCGAAACUCUGAGCACUCGGUGGAAGUGUCACCAUCGCUGACCUCGCAUCCAUCGAACAUCCUUCGGGGUCCAGGAAACCUAGCCCAGGUCUCGACCUACUCGAAGACGAUUGAGACGCCGUAUUCGACCCAGAGCAAAUCGGACGUGCGCAUAAGCAACCCGACCGUCGUCUACUCCCACUCCACUCCGUACUCACCGGCGCCGAGCGUCUCCCACGUGACCUACAACGCAGGGCCCGUUGCCUACGCAACGGCCCCGAGUUUGGGCCAGAGCGGCGCCUAUGGGCCCUCGUACUCGGCCGACCACGCCGUUGGAUCCUCGCACGAAAGCACCGUCAAGUCUCUCGACGGAAGCCACGCCGUCACUCACUACAGCAAAGCCGUCGACACCGCUUUCUCAAGUGUCCGGAAGUCCGACGCCCGGCUUACCAACGACGCCAAGAUCCUCUCCACCGCCUACGCCGCCCCCGGAAGUACCGGCCACCUCAGUCCCGUUGUCGCCUAUUCCGCCGCCCCCGACGUCGCUCGAACCACCUUCACUGGGCUCGGAACCGAGUACAAUUGGUAG